AAACUACAGAUUCAAAUGAGCCACCCGUUGACCAAAAUAAUCGUAAAGUAAAAAAUGCCAAAUGCCUAAAGUUUUUGGUUUCCCAAAUUCCUUCUUGCCUUACACCUCUAUUCCAAGGUUUAGCAAAAAUGCUGUUUAGUCGAAAGUCUCCUGAUGCUUCCCAAAAAAAGCAGGCUUUCAAAAUUUCAGAUGCUAUUGCAGAAGUUCUCCGAGAUCAUUUAACUUGGCCUCGAUACGGGCUUGAUAGCGAAACUGAUUCUACAAAUAAAUACAAUUACCUUACGAUAAUGCUCGGAUUAUUGUCGUUACUUUUCCUGGAUGAACGGAGUCAAGUUUCACUUCAAACAAUGCUUGUUGUUUCAUUUGAUCGUGUUAAGGGUUUAGAGGAGGUGUUCACACUUUUACGCCAGUUUUGGAGUGAGGCUGAGGAAAUUAAAGCCUUUGAAGAAUAUUCGACAAUUGAAGUUGAUGAAAAGUCUAAAGAAAAGCUUUCACGAAUUCACGGAUGCAUUGAUGUUACACUUAACUUUUUCCAAUUUGUUGGGUCAUCAAAGUUGUUACAUGAGUCAGCUCAAACAGUACCAUUGACCACUAAAGACAGAGAUCCGCGUAAUGAACCCUUCGAUCCCUUCAAUUUUCUCGUGAACGUUCGAGCAAAAAUUCUUCCUGUAAUAAAUGAACUUUGGCAAAGUACCUAUCUUCCAAAAGCCCCUCCCAAUAUUGUUCGAUCUGUUCUUCAAAAUUUAGUUCAGAUUUUAAAAGGAGAUGGGGAGGUUAAUCAACGCCCCGAGGGAUCAGGAUCAUCAAGUGGAUUAUCGGCACCUACUUCUACACUAUUUGGUGCUACUAGAUCUUUGGUACCAGACGAAGACCGAGUUCAACAAUUGAUUGAUAUGGGUUUCCCGCGUUCAUCAGCCGAAACUGCACUUAUACGCUGCAAUAAUCAUGUUCAAGCUGCUACAGACUAUUUGCUUACGCAUCCUCAAACUAUUGCUGCGACAGUUUUCUCAUCGGCACCAUCUACUGAUACAGGCCGAAAUCUGUCUGAUACAACCUCAACAAGAGGUAAUGCACCCACUGAUGCGGGAUCCACAAUUGACGUUACUGUUCAAGCGCUUGCUUUAUCAAUGCAAGGAAAUCAAACUCCUGUCGAAGGUGCAACGACGAGCGAGGGUUCAAUUCCUAUGGAAACUGAAACAACAUCAACAAAACCCGACAAAGGUAAAGGAAAAGAGGUUGAUUAUAUAGAUAAAUUUAAAACUCAGAGAGAUGAGCUGAGAUCCACAUCAGCAUCUCGUGCACUUGAACUUCUUGAUGCAGUUGAGGACAUUAUUUUUGAAGUGAAAGACUUGUUUGUACUUCUUAGCAAAGACAAUGCCGAACAGAACAUUGAAUUAAUAAUAAAAAGCAUUGAAGCAGUUAGUGGUCAUCCAGAAGAACAACGCAAAAAGGCACUUAAUUCUCGUUUACGUCUUUUAGCUCUUUUAUUAAAUGAGAAUAGUAUACAAGGAAAAAUUCCUAAUUUACCUUUUAAUAUAUUUUCUGAUAUGACGUCUAUGGUUUCUGAACAAGCUGGAUUACCUUUAGAGAGUCCUUUGCCUAAAUGGAUUGCGCCUGCUUUAUUAGUUAUUGAGGCGUUUAUUUCUUUAUCUGAAGAACCAGUUGGCACUGAAUUAGGUACAAAACCUGAUGAAUCAAAAGACAUUAAUGCUUCUUUGAACGGUUUGAAUUUCAUUAAAACUGAAUCGCGAACUCAGCUCCUUGAAUAUUGCUUAUCAUUAUUGAAGAGAAAAGAUUUGGACAAAGACAUUAUAAAUGCAUUGCUUAGGAUAGUCGUUCGUCUUACUCGUCGUUAUUCAGAUGCCAUCGAGUUUGUAAACAAAGAUGGUCUCAAUUUACUUUUCAAUGCAUUCAAGUCGAGGGCCCAUGAUUUCCGUGGACAACAGAUAUUCAUUGUCAUGAUAUUACGACACGCCCUUGAGGAUGAUUCAGUUUUAGAAUCAAUUAUCGAUAAAGAAAUAAAAAAUUGGUUUGCCAAUCCACGCCCACGUGGUAGCGAUAUCAGUGCGUAUUUACGAAAUAACGCACAAUUUGCUUUGAGGGCGCCUGAAAUAUUUGUUAAAUCCACUAAAAAGCUCUGCAAGUUAGCAAGAUAUGAUUCUAGCGGACGUAGUCAACAAAUCACAUUGAUUAAACCAGAGACUGAAGACACUAGCACCUCCACGACUAAAGAUUCGAUCACUAACGAAGAAGAGAUGACAGAUGCAUUACCGGUACCAUCGACAUCUGUUUCACUUGGAUCUCCCAAAAAAUUUUCAUUUGGUUCAGAAACAGCUGAAAACAUCGUUCAAUUUAUUGCAAACGAACUGGUCGCAACACGUCUACAAAACAAUCAAACUUUAGACACAAAGGUGCCUGAGACUAAUUCAAAUGAUCGAAAUGAAAACGUUAAUUCUGCAGCAACAACUUCUACCUCUACAAAUAGCACAAGUACUCCCCAAUCUGCAUUCAAGCCUGAAGAACAUUUAGAUUAUUUGUAUCGAUGCUUUUUACUUCAAUGCUUAACCGAACUUUUAUCAUCAUAUCCUUCAUGUAAAAUUGAAGUUGUAAAUCUUUCACGCCGCAGAAAUAGUAUGGGAUCUGGCACUCAAUCGAAGUCAAAAACUUCGUUACUGUACUAUCUCCUGAAUGAGUUGUUGCCAUACGGUUGUAUAACACCAUCUACUAAUAUUGAAAUGCGAAAGCGUUAUGGACAAUCCAAAUGGACAACAUCUGCACUUGUAGCGCUAUGUUCUAACAUUAGUAGUGAAGUCGAUGAUAAGAAACCACAGCCGGAAAUCAUACAAGUGCGAAAAUUCGUUUUGGAGUGUAUAAUUAAAUCAUUUAGGACUGCAAUUUCUUCAUCAGAUCCUAUUGAAACAAAAUACGGAAGGCUCUUGGCUUUGGCAGAAUUAUGCUAUGCUAUAUUAAAUUCACGUACUGGUCCUAACACUACUGCUAACAAACCAAUUGAAGAUGGUCCCGCUAGUAUCGCUAAACUAAUGCUGGAUAAAAACUUUGUAAAUACUUUAACUGAUGCACUUGCAGAAGUUGACCUCAAUUACCCUUCAGCAAGAAUCUUGAUCAAUGCUUUAUUAAAACCUUUUGAAUGCCUUACAAAAGUUGCUAUUAAACUGGGUCGAUCCCCUGAAGCCCCUAACAAAGAGCAACAACGUCAUGAUAGUAUUUCUUCCAUAUCUACACCAUCAGCCGAUGAAAUGAACCCAGAAACUGAGGACGCACCUGAUUUAUAUGCAACUUCUGUACUUGGUGCACUAGAAGGCAGAUUGGAUAGUGAUGAAAUGGAUGAUGAUAGUUUAGACUCGUCAGUUGACGAACAAAGAUACGAUGAUGGUGAAUUCGAUGAAGGAACUGGUAGUGAUCUUAGUGAUGUUAGCAAUGAUGACGAUUUAGAUGAGGGCGAUGAUGAUAAUGGUGACGACAUGGACGUAGAAAUAGUAGUUAGACAACCAAUCCAUGGUCAUUCCGUCGUAUUAGAUAAUGAAGGGAAUGAUGAUCAUGACUCUGAAAUUGAGCAUGGAGUAAAUCAGCAUUUAGAGAAUGAGGAUGAUAGUGAUGAUGAAGGACACCAUGUUAGAGGUAAUGAUGACCAAGAAAUGUGGGAUGUUCACGAUCAAGUUAUGAUAGAACGUGGUGAUAUUGUCGAAGAAAUUAUUGAUGCGGAAGGACAGCUUCAUAGACACCAUGUAAUUGAUGAUGGUUAUGAUCGCUUAAACUUUAAUUGGGCUUGGAAUCAACCCGGAACACAUUUCAUGAAUGAUGACGAAUUUGGUAUACCAAAUAGAACAGGUCGUGCUUUGUUCAGCUUUGGCAACAGACGUCAUCGGCACAUACCUGGUCGUCGAACUAUUCUAGAAGUUCCACCCGAAGGUCUUGACUAUGUUAUUGGUGAUCCUGUGGGUUAUGGUUUUAAUUUUGGAACAAAUGAUGAUGUGGACAAUUCCGGAUUGUGGCGCAAUAACAGAACAUUACCCGAUGCUAAUGAUGACAUUACCACUCAUCCUUUACUUGUUAAUCGAUCUCCAACCGUUCCUUCCGUUGCUAGCGUUGAACUUACUAGAGGACGUAGUGCUAGAAAUGGGCCUUUGGGUGAUUGGACACAAUCAAUUGAGGAAUUAAUCGGUGGUGGAGCGGUUCAAUUAUUAGAGCAAUUGUUAACUAGAAGUCGAGGUUUAGGACAUUCAUCUACAUAUAGACUUGAAUUAAAUACUGGAUCAUCAGGGUUAGUGAGUGGCAUUGAAGUUGAUCGUGUUUUUCCUAGAACAAUAUCUAGUGGACAAGAAAAUCAAAAUAUGACACCACCAAGUGAUCCCAUUACUGCAGUUCAGGAAUUUAAGCCUCAUUCAACUGGGCAACGAUGGUACGAUGAAGCACGCAUGAUGUAUGGUAGUUCAGUAGGCGAAAAAGCCACAAAACUUGUUAACCAUGUUUAUAAUGCACUGGUUCCAUAUGCAUUGGAAGAAGAAAAAAAGAGAAAAGAGAGAGAAGAAAGGGAAAGAGAAGAAAGGAGGCAACGUGAAGAAGAGGAAAGAAUAAAAGCUGAAGAGGAAGCUGAACGACGGAGAAAAGAACAAGAAGAGUUGAGACUUCAAACCGUAGCCGAACAAUCAAUGUCUGAUACAAUAACAAAUAAUGACGAAAUAGUUGAAGUUACUGAAGUUACUGAAGUAAUUGAACUUAUUGAUCCCAUGCAAGAAGAUGCGCCAAUAGUCGAACAAGAGCAAGAACGGGCAGGGGAAUCUGUAGAGAUGGAAGAUGAACCAGCUCCCGUUACAACAGAUCUUAAUAUGGAAGAAGGACCUUCACUUGUUCCAGAUAACAGUCAACCUCAAGGGGCAGCUGGAGAUACAGUUGAAGGUUCAAGUGAAGGCCAAUCAACAAGAACUACAGUUAUGGUUAAUGGUCGUCCUGUGGAUAUUACCGACACCGGUAUUGACCCAACCUUCCUUGAAGCAUUACCUGACGAGCUUCGAGAGGAAGUACUUAAUCAACAUUUGCCACCAGAAAGACGUAAUAGGCCUCCGGUUACUAGUGGAGCUGGUGAUGCUAUUAGUACCGAAUUUCUUGCAGCUCUUCCAGAUGACCUCAGAGAAGAAAUUAUUCAACAAGAAGAAGCACUUGAACAAGAAAGAAUUAUUCGUCAUCGAACUUCGGAACCCGCUGCUGCUGAAAUGGACACUGCAAGUUUCUUCGCUUCGUUGGAUCCACAAUUACGACAAACAGUUCUUCUUGAACAAGACGAGAUGGUUCUAGCGUCAUUGCCACCAGCAAUAGUUGCCGAAGCUAACGCGCUACGAGAAAGAGCUAGCCGCAGGUAUACAAACGCAGUACGAUCAAGAACAUUAACUGCACCUCAAAUUCAAGCUCCUAAAAAACCUUCAAUCCAUCGUGACGCAGUAAAACUUGUUGACACCCCGGGAUUAGCUACUUUA